AGUAAACCGGCAACCACCUUGACUUAUAACCUGAGCCCAAAUUUUGGAACCGCAUCAUCUUGUUUUUGCGCAACCACAUCGUCUUAGGACCUUCUUGUAUAUCCACUUUAGACGUUCUCUUACGACCCCACAUUAGAUCUUAGAAAUGCCUUUCGCUCCAGGUGACGCCGCCAAGGGUGCCGGUCUUUUCAAGACUCGUUGUGCUCAGUGCCACACCCUCGCUGCUGGUGAGCCCCAUAAGGUCGGCCCCAACCUCCACGGUGUGUUCGGUCGUAAGACUGGUCAAGGAGAGGGCUACGCCUACACUGCUGCCAACGUGAACAAGGGUAUCACUUGGGAUGAGCAGACUCUUUUCGAGUACCUCGAGAACCCCAAAAAGCAUGCGCAGUACAUCCCCGGUACUAAGAUGGCCUUCGCUGGUCUCAAGAAGGACAAGGAUCGUAAUGACCUUGUCACAUACUUGAAGGAGGCGACUGCAUAACUUAUCUCUCCUCUUCUCUGGGACAUUGUAUUCUACUUUACCCUAAUGCUAGCUUAGGAGUAGUUCAGAUAGAUGACUACUCAUCCUCCUCGCACUCAUAUCCCUGUGCAACCCACCACUCAAUUGCAUAUCAUUUCGGGUUUUGCAAACUUCAGCGAGUAACUUGUAAGUCUCUUUCUUUGUGUAUGGUGUGAGGGCGAAUCAUCUACGUCGCAUUUGCUUGUUCUGGACUCUUGCUUUCUUGGAUCUAUGUCAUCUGAUACUUUGUGUUUUCCGCCCGUAUUCCUUAACAUUGAACGGACGAAGAGAAAACCUCCGAUUCCGC